AGGUCACUCAAAUCAAACACCAUCACAGCAAAUUCUCGACCUCGCACGUUUCAUACCAAUAAUUCAGCUGAACAUUCUUACACGAAUCACCAUGGUCCCUCAAAGCAACGACAGCUUCACUGUUCGACAGUCCGGAGUGUAUCGCAAUCUGCCAACCUAUCCUGCCACUGCAGGUCUAACGGCAAUCGUUCCUGGUGCCACUGGGAUCUCAGGAUGGAACACCAUUCGUAGCUUGCUCGAUUCUCCAGUCGGAUGGACGAAAAUCUACGCGAUGUCCCGAAGCCCUCCAAGCAAAGGUCUUACUGACUUGCUGUCAACUGAGCAACAAUCACGCCUACAGCACCUUCCCGUCGACUUCUCGAGCGACUCUAAGGAUAUAGCGAAAUCACUGAGUUCAGUUCGAGAGCCCAAUCUAUACGUGUUUUUCUACGCCUACAUGCAGCCAAAGACCAAAGACAAUGAGGCUGUGUGGUCGAAUGUUGAGAAGCUGGAGGCACUGAACACUAAAUUGCUGUCUUCGUUUCUGGAAGCCCUCGAAAUCGCAGAUGUUACACCGAAGAGAAUACUCCUACAGACUGGAGGGAAGAACUACGGGAUUCAACUUGGUCGAGGACCCCAGCCCUGCGUCGAGUCCGACCCUCAGCCACGACAACUCAGCCCCAACUUCUACUACCCACAAGAAGACAGUCUCUUGGAAUACUGCAAGCGACACCCACAGACGUCCUGGAAUGUGAUCCGUCCCUUUGGAGUGAUAGGUUCAGCCGUUAAGGCACAGAUGAGCGGAUUGUAUCUCUUCUGUGUCUACUCCGCGGUCCAGGCACACAAAAAAGAGCCCUUGUACUUCCCUGGAGACUGGAAAACGUGGCAAGGCCCGACCCCGAUGUCGACAGCCCGCUUAACUGGCUAUCUGAGCGAAUGGGCUGCGUUGCGCGAUGAGUGCAAGAACCAGGCCUACAAUUCGAUUGACUCCAACUCAAUGACAUACGAGCGAUUCCUAGCCGAGCUAGCGCGUUGGUACGGUAACGAGAAAGGUGCGGUUGGUCCUCCGGAAGAUCUGUCGAAGUUCUCAAACGCUGAGCUCAAGGGAGGGAAAGAUUGUCCUCUUGGGUACGGCCCACCCCUAGUCACUGGCUCCAGCUUCAAGAUGCUGGAUUGGGCGAAAGAAGAGUGCAACAAAAAUGCCUGGGAAGAGAUCAUGGAAUCUUCCGGAGGUGCCAUCACGAACAACCCCUUUGAAGAAGAUGUUGUUAAGGAAAACUUUCAGCUCCUCGACAUCUACUUCUCAAUCUCACUCACCGUCAGCAUGAACAAGGCCCGGCUGCAGGGCUGGACAGGCUUUGUCGACACGCUCGAAGCUGCCUUUGAAUCGGUCCAGGAGAUGGUCAGUAUGGGCCUCCUGCCUCCUGUCACGGCAAAUGCUGCUCGUCCGCUAGUUUGACCAUGAGUGGACGGCUUCUGUCGCGCAUUUGGGCUCAAUGCGCUGGAUUCUGGCUGUCUAAGCUGUGUGUGUUCUGGUUCUGCUGCGUUUUGUAUGUUUCUGC